GCGGCGUCGGGGUCCCCGCGGCUUCGGGUACGUCCAAUCCUAUGCCCGAGGGGCGCCGGAUGCUCCAUGGACGCGCGGGAGCCGCCCGCUGCGCUGGCAGACCCUGCCCAGCAGCAGGGAGCCGGCCACAGCCUGGAGAAGGCGGGGGCGCUGCUCGGCCCCGACUGUGGACACAGCGCUCCGGAGGCAGACAGGCUGGACGCAGACAGGCCGGCCGCGGGCUGCCCCGGGACAGGGGAUGCUGCAGGUGGACAUGAGGCAGGCACAGACCCGGUGGCACCUGUGGAACCCACCAAACUUGGGGCUCCCGCUAGAGUGAACCCCUACUCUGUCAUCGACAUCACGCCCUUCCAGGAAGACCAGCCCGCAGCUCUGGACCUGGACGCCCAGGAGGAGAGCGGGAGCCCACCAGUGCCCAGCGGCUACGCGGUGCCUGUGCCCUGCGGCUACGCGGUGCCCUCCGGCCUGCCCGCACUGCUGCCCGCCUACUCCAGCCCCGUCCUCAUCCGCACCGCCUCCCUGGACGAGGAAGAUGCGCAGGAGGCAGCAGAAAUCAGCCCGUGCCACUCUCCAAGCUCCGAGGUCCCGACAAACAGGGAAGAGCAGGCCGCCCUGGAGGACAGUGCCCUGGCCCGCUGGGUCGCAGACCCGGCCAACACCGCCUGGAUGGAGGGUCCGGAGGAGGCCAUCUACGACGACGUCCCAAGAGAGAACUCAGACUCCGAACCAGAUGAGAUGAUCUACGACGACGUUGAGAACGGAGAGGAGGGCGGGAACAGCUCUCUCGAGUGCGGCUGGAGCUCGAGCGAGUUCGAGAGCUACGAGGAGCAGAGCGACCCCGAGUGCAGGGGCGGCGCCCCCCGGACCUUCCUGCGCAGCGGCCACAAGAAGCACCUGGCCCGCGACCUCGCCCGCCUAAAGGAGCGCUAUGAGCGGAGGAUGAGACGCCUGGUGGCCGGCGCGGUGGGGGCCGUAGAGCUGCAGCAGCUAAGGCACAAGCACGACCUGAAGGUGCAGAGGCUGGUCAAGGCCGCCAAGGAGGGCACCAGGGACGGGCUGCAGAGGACCAGGGCCGCCGUCCGGAGGGGCCGCUCCUUCAUCCGCACCAAGUCCUUCCUCGCCCAAGACCACAGGUCCUGCCCAGAGGAGGAGCCGAGCGUGUUCAUUGAGGUGGACUGCAGGCACGCGGACGCCGUCCUCACCCCCAUGCCCGAGGGGCUGUCUCAGCAGCAGGUGGUGCGGAGGUGCAUCCUGGCCUCGGUGGUGGACAGUGAGAGGAGCUACGUGGACGCCCUGCAGCGGAUCCUGGAGCAGUACGAGCGGCCACUGUCCGAGAUGGAGCCCAAGCUGCUGAGCGAGCGGAAGCUGCGGACCGUGUUCCACCGGGUCCGGGAGGUGCUGCAGUGCCACCGCCUGUUCCAGAUGGCGCUGGCCAGCCGCGUGGCCGAGUGGGACUCCGUGGAGACGAUCGGCGACGUCUUCGUGGCUUCGUUCUCCAAGUCCAUGGUGCUGGACGCCUACAGCGAGUACGUCAACAACUUCGGCUCGGCAGUGACUGUCCUCAAGCGCGCCUGCGUGGCCAAGCCCGCCUUCCUGGAGUUCCUGAAGCAGUGCCAGGAGGCCAGUCCUGACCGGACCACGCUCUACAGCCUGAUGACCAAGCCCAUCCAGCGGUUCCCGCAGUUCAUCCUGUUGCUGCAGGACAUGCUGAAGCACACGCCCCGGGGCCACCCCGACAGGCUGCCCCUGCAGAUGGCGCUGACGGAGCUGGGCACGCUGGCCGAGAAGCUCAACGAGAGGAAGAGGGAGGCGGACCAGCUCUGCGAGAUCAGGCACCUGGCCAAGGCCAUCAACGAGCGCUACCUGAACAAGGUGCUGAGCCGCGGGGACCGCCGCCUGGUGCGCUGCGACGACGUGCUGGAGACCGCGUUCGGCGACCGCGGGGAGGUGGCCAAGACCAAGGAGCGCCGGCUCUUCCUGCUCAGCGACAUGCUGCUCUGCGCCACCGUCAGCCCGCGUGCCCCCCACGACAGCAGCACCGGGGUGACCCCUAGCCAGCGGUACCUGUUAAAGUGGAGCGUCCCACUUGGACCCGUGGACGUGAUUGAGUACGGCAGCAGCGGGGCAGAGGGUGGCCGAUGCCCCCCAGGGCCCCCUCCAGAGAGCCUGGCCACAUGUGCCAAUGGCAAGUCUAGUGGCAUGUAUCUGGGCCCAGACCGGCUGCACCGGGACCUGCAGGACCUGCUGCAUGAUCUGGGAGUGGUUGGGCGUGUUGCCCAGCUGGUCGGGACCCUCCGGGGUGACUACCAGAACCUGAACCCGUCGGUGGCACAGGACUGGGCAUCAGGCCUGCAGAGGCUCAUCCUGCAGAAGGAGGAAGAUAUCCGUGCAGCUGACUGCUGCCGCAUCCAGCUGCAGCUCCCGGGCAAGCAGGACAGGUCGGGGCGGCCGACCUUCUUCACCGCCGUGUUCAGCACGUCCACCCCGGCCAUCAAGGAGUCCUGGGUCCACGACCUGCACAUGGCCAAGCUGGGCCUGGAGGAGGACAACCACAUGGGCUGGUUCUGCGUGGAGGACGAGGGCAACCAGAUCCCGAAGGAAAGGCACCCGCUCCUGGUGGGCCGCGUGCCGGUGGCCGUGGCCAAGCAGCAGGAGUUCAAGAUCGAGUGCGCGGCCUACAACCCCGAGCCCGCGCUGGGCGAGGGGCUCCCGGACGCGGGCCCCGGCGGCGGCGCGCGCGGCUUCCUGUGGAUCGGGAGCUGCGCCAGCCAGAUGGGGCAGAUUGCCAUCGUGUCCUUCCAGGACACCAGCCCCAAGGUCAUCGAGUGCUUCAACGUGGAGUCCCGGGUCCUGUGCAUGGCCUACAUCCCGCCCAGGGGCGCGCUUCGCGCCCACCCUGAGGGCCCCGCCGCCAGGGCCUCCGCUGUGCCCACCAUCUGCCUGGGCACUGAGGAGGGCAGCAUCUCUGUCUACAAGAGCAGCCAAGGUGCCAAGAAGGUGAGGCUGCAGCACUUCUUCACCCCGGACAAGGCCUCGGUCCUGAGCCUGGCAGGCACCCCGCAGCGGCUAUACGCAGGCCUGGUGGACGGCACGGUUGCGGUCUAUGCCAAAGCAGAAGAUGGGUCCUGGGCCUCAGAGCCUCAGAAGGUGGUCAAGCUGGGCGUGCUGCCGGUCCGAGGCCUGCUGGUGGCGGAGGACAUGCUGUGGGCUGCCUCAGGGGGCCAGGUGUCUGUGAUCAGCGCCGACACCCACGCCGUGCAGAGCCAGCUGGACGCCCACCAGGAGGAGGGCAUGGUGGUUGCCCACAUGGCCGUCGCAGGCGUGGGCGUCUGGAUCGCCUUCACCACCGGCUCCACGCUGCGCCUCUUCCACACCGAGACCCUCCGGCACCUGCAGGACAUCAACAUCGCCACGCCUGUGCACAGCCUGCUGCCUGGGGCGGGGGCGCCAGGGCAGCAGCGGCUCUCCGUGACCUGCCUGCUCCUUUGCCAUGGCCUGCUGAUGGUUGGCACCAGCCUGGGUGUCGUGGUGGCCCUGCCUGUCCCGCGCCUGCAGGGGAUUCCCAAAGUGACCGGGAGAGGCCUGGUCUCCUACCACGCGCACAGCGGGCCCGUCAAGUUCCUGGUCCUGGCCACUGCUGCCCCCAUGAUAGACGCGGACCAGCCCCAGGACAGCCCAGCAUCCGAGGAGCCGCAGGACCUGGCGCAGCCCGAGGGCACCCCCAGCACACCCAUCUGGCUGGGGGGCUCGCUGGGCUCCAGGGCUGACCGCAGUGAUGCCUCAUCCUCCUCGGGGUCCCUGGCGCCCCACGCAGAGGACAGUGGCCUCUGUGACCUGCUGCGGCCGCCCCCUCUGGCACCCGGUGGUGGGCGGCGGGCCCGGAGGCCACGGGCCGGGUCGGUGCUGGUGGCCUGGGGCCAGGGCCACCGGCGGGUGAGCAGGAGGCCACGAACACCACCGCGCCCCGAGGACCUGGCCUCCUCUCUCAUGGUCUGGCAGGUGCCCCUGCUGCCUGUGUGAGUCCAGGCGUCUGGCUGUGUCUACACAGCGGGGCCCUCGGGCAGGCAGGUGCCGCCCAGCCCGCGCAGCAGCGCAGGAGCUCACCGCCCUGCCUGGGCGUCCGCCCUGCCCGCUGCCCUCCGCUCUACUCUCAGGACGGUGGGCAGCUGGAACCUGCCGGGGCGAGGAGGCUGUGCCCACGUCUGUGCCUCCGGAGCCACUGCUGGCAUUUCAGCGGAGCAGCGUUUAUUGCACUUUUCUAUUAAAAAUUAACAGUUAACGUUUCACUUGAUGCGUUACCUGUAACUGGUCCCAAGUAACACCUGCCUGACGCGUGGCCUGGCCAUCUCUGCCCUCGGACGCAGGACGAUGCCCAGGCCCCUGCCCCCCUGGUCGCCUCGCCAUGCGGGGGACGCUUCUGGGUCCUCGAGCCACCUCUCCUGCGCCCAGGCCCGGUGUCUGCUGCCUGCCCACGUCGUGCCUGGUGGGAGAUGGGCGGACAGGCCGUCGCGGUGUCCUGGGCAGAGCUGCUCAGCACUGGAGCAGUGACGACGGUGCUGACUGGGCCACUCAGCCCAGCGUCUCCCAGGCGCCCUUCCCACCCGCGGGAGCAACGCUGCCCCCCAUGCUGCCAGCUGCCCUCUUGUUUUGUCAGUAAAGUCCUUUUAUU